GUAGCCGAGCAGCGCCAAGAAAGUAAAAGUAAUAAAGCCAUUUGAGAGCAAAUACGUAAGUGGAUUUGGGAAUAAAUUGAUAAUCACCAGUUACAAAUAUGAGUCUGACAAAACACUUUCGAUGUUUGUUUCAUGUGACGACGCUCCACAGCGCUAUAAAGCGCACACAUCCUUCGGCAGAUCGGAAUUCUCAGCCCAUAUCGGAGGCCUUGCUGCAGCAGGUGGAUAAGAGUACACCAAAUCUACGAUUGCUGGAGAUUGCCUCCGGUUCGGGACAGCAUGCCGGUUAUUUGGCCCCUCUCCUACCGAACAUCAGUUUUCAAACAACGGAAUAUGAGCGCAGAGAUUUCAGUUCCAUUAAAGCAUAUGCCGCCGAUUGCGCAACUGGUAAUAUCUGUCCGCCACUCUUUGUGGACAUUUCGCAGGAUCUGCAGCAAUGGGAGGAAGGCACGAAGGCGCAGCUAAAGCUCGCCAGCUAUGACUAUAUGUUGAACUGCAAUAUGAUGCACAUUACGCCAUGGAACUGUUCGGAGGGACUAUUUCGUGCUGCUGGGCAGCUGCUGAAACCGGGCGGCAAACUCUUCACUUAUGGACCCUAUGCCCUGGACGGCCUAUUGACGCCUCAAAGCAAUGUUGACUUCGAUGCGAACUUGAGAAGUCGAAAUAGUGAGUGGGGCAUACGGGAUAUCAGAGAUCUGAAGCAGUUGGCCGAUUUGAAUGGCUUGCGGCUGGAACGAGUCACCGAUAUGCCGUCCAACAAUAAGUUCUUGACCUGGCUAAAGCUGUAAAAGUGAGCCAUUGC